CCCUUCUUUGCGAAAGGGGCUAGCGAGCAUCACAACAGUUCUGUACUCGAUCGUUUUCCCUCGCAGUACUCCGCGCUCUCACUUGCUUUGCGCCAUCUGCCCUCUCCGCCGUGGCAGUUCAAUCCGCGCAGUGAAGCGCAUGGGGCGCGGGGAAGCGGCGGACGGCGGCUUGCGCCGGCAGCAGCAGGAGCGCGCGAUCGCCGACGCCAUGGGGACGGGGGAGCUGCGCGCCGCUGUGGUCGACGUGGCGCGCGCGCUUCUCGCGGCGGACGCCAACGACCCGGCCGCGGCGGAGCGCGCGCAGCAGCGGCGGGUGGCGGCGGACAUGGCGCGCGCAAUCAUGGCGGCGGAGAGGGCGGCCGCGCGCGUGAGCGAGGGGGAGCGCGCGGAGCGGGCGUACCGCAGCCUGUGGUUCGACUUCCCUGCAGUGGAUGGGCGCGAUCUAGCCGCGCUCGCCGCGGCUCUCAGAAAGCAAGUGGAGCAAAUUCCAUCUGCCAACAGCACCGCCACCAACACCGCCACCAACAGCACCACCAACAGCACCACCAACAGCAGCAGCAGCGCCGAUCCUUCGUUCCCCAUCACGCACCGCUUCCUCUCUGGCCUCGCAUACAUUGCUGCGUCCGCUCAGAAAGCGCAGGCGUGCAGAUGGGGCAGUGAAGCAGCUCCUGCAGAUUCAGCCGAGGUAGCAGGAGGGAGCGGGAGGGGGGGAGCAGAGGGAGCGGCAGGGAUGGCGGCCGGGGGGGGUUCAGUAGGUGCAGGGGAGGGAGGAGGUGGUGGGGGCGCGGUGGAUGAGGAGCAGGGAAGAGCAGGCAGCAGUCAGCUUGGGGACGCAGCUGCUCACAUUGCUGCAUCUCUCCUGGUAAAGCUGCCUGCAAACUGUUUCAAACUGCCCGGGGACGCGGGAGUUAAGGCGUUCUCAGCUGCCCUCUCCUCCUUGCACCUCGAACCUUCGGAGCUUCUCGCCCCUCCUGCCAAACCUCCUGCCGAACCUCAGUCAAAGGAGACUAGAGCUUCAGAUGGCGAGGCUGUCAAGGAAGGUUCGGGCGUGCCGGAGGCGAGUGGCAGCAGCAGUGACAACGCUGUGGCCGCUGCUGCUGGUGGUGCUGGGGGAGGUGAAGAUGAUGGUGGUGGUGGCGAUGGUGAUGUUGUGGGUGACGCACGUGAGCAUGCAGACUCGGAUGAGGCGUCGGACGCAUCGGACUGGCUGCCCCUUGAGGACGAGACUCUCCCAUCUCUCCCCGCUCUAGACCACCACCACCAUCACACCCAUCAUCACCAGCAUCAUCCGCAUCAUCAUCAGCAGCAGCAGCAGCAGCAGCAGCGUUUAGAGGGCCCCUCUGAUUGGUCAGCUGUGCUCGCCAAGUGGGCAGCGUUGCUAGGCAGCUUGCAGGGCGCUCUCCCCGGGAGCGCUGACUCAGCGUGGGGGCAGGCGGGGAUGGUUGAUGACGUGGCGAUGCUGGCUGUGCUGAUCGGUGGACAGCCAACCAGAGAGGGACACGCGGAGGGUGCAGUAACCCGUACAAAAAGCGAUGGGGAUGGGGAUGUGGGUGGGGAUGUGGAAGGGGAUGUGGAAGGGGAUGUGGAAGGGGAUGUGGAAGGGGAUGUGGAAGGGGAUGUGGAAGGGGGGAGGGCAUGUGGAGCAGGGGUAGGACACAACGCAGUGGAUGGCGAGGGUGUUUAUCCAGUCCUGCUGGCCCACUAUCUGGACCUUCUUUCCCCUCGGCUGCUGUGGCUCUGCUCCUCCCCCCCCUCCUCCAACCCUGCUGGCAGUGGUGCUACUGGCACCACUGCCCCAGGCAUCAGUAGCAUUCACAGCAGCACUGCCAGCAGUGGCAGCAACGUGAUAUCGCAGACAUUGGAAGCCAUUCAGGCAGCUGCCUCCUCCCCUCACCUAUCCCUCCCUCACUCGCUCUCCUCCCGCCCUCCGCCCUCCCCCACUUCCCCUCCUCUCAAGACCCCUCCCCCCGCCCUCACUGCUACUGCCACCUCCGUCGCCCUCCUCUCUUCCCUCAUCGCCCACCUCCCUACCUCCCCCUCUCCCCUCCCACAUGCACCUAGGGGGAAGGAAUCGCGUAGCGAAGGGGGAGGAGGAGGGCCAGGCUCGGCAGGGGGCUUGGACGAGAAGCUGGUUCGGCGAAAGGUUUGGAUGGCUGUAAACGCGUUUGGCCCUGGUUUGGGAGAUCUGGUGCAGUGGGCAUCGACCAUCCAUCCAGCACCAACAAGUGUCACUGUAGCAACUGCCCCUGGCCACGUGUCAGGCCACCUGCAGCGCGUGCUGCUGUUCUGGAUCCAAGCUGCCGCCUCAUCCGCCCCUUCCCCUGCUGUUGCGCGCAGUAUCGGUGACUUGGCAAUCAAGUCUGGCCUGUGUCGAGCCCUGGUGGCAGCUCACUCCUCGCUCUCACCGCCCAAGCCAAGCACUCCUGUCACUCCACCAGCCACGGACAGACAUGCAGAAUCACCACUCGCGCCCGAUUUUCCACCUGCAUGGCCGUGGAUUGACACAGUUCUGCUCUUCCUCACUGCUUCAUCUCCAGACGUUCGAACCUUUGUCUCCAAAGCACUGCCCUCCCGAGCCUCCUUUCCAUUCCUGCUUCCGAACCAACCAGGCUCUGCCGAGCCUGGAGGCCCGGGUCCGGCGUGGCUUGGCUCGGUUGCCGAAGCUGACUGGGUGUGGCCCCUGCUGCUGGAUCCGGACCGGACCCGAGCCGAGCAGCCCUUGGCGUGGCUGCUAGAUUCCUUGGCAGUGACCAUGGGGAGUGUGCUUAUAGCAAAGGGAGAUGGUGACGCAGACACAAGGGAGUGCAAGCAUGGCAUUGGCUUUACCCUGGACGUCGCCACCUCAGCAUCUCGCACACUCACACUCCUCCUCCGCGUCCUCCACGUCAGCAGCCACCUGUCACCACCAAGAAGCGCCACGGCAUCCCCCCCUAUACUCCCAAAAGGCGGCCAGCUGGCAUCUUCUGUAUCCCAGUGCGUGAGUGUAAUGAGGGAAGCUGCAAGGAAGCUGGCGGGGGAGGUGGAGCAGAGGAGGGUGGAGGAGGAGAGGGCGCGGGCGGCAGCAGCAGCAGCAGCAGCGAAUGACGAGCCUCAGCUGAAUGACAUACUGCUAUCGGACGCCAUGGCUGCCGCUGCUGGGAAUGGUGCUGCUGCUGCUGCUGCAGCUGCGGCUGCGGCUGCUGCUGCGAAUGCUGGUGGGGAUGGUGAGGGGGAGGGGGGCGGAGGAAGGCAGAAUGGGGACAGUGGUAUGGGGGAGGUGGUAGGGGGCAAGCUAGGGGAGUUGGUGCCGCGGUUGCUGGACCUGGUGAAGGCGCUGCAGGCGGAGGUGGGUGCUGGGGGUGCGGCGAGUUCAGCCAGGGGGAAAUGUGACUGAGUGCGUCUGGUUGAUUGACUGAAAGGAAGUGGCCGGGGGGAAGCUGGGGGAGUUGGUGCCGCACUUGCUGGACCUGGUGAAGGCGGCGCAGGCAGAGGUUGGGGGUGGAGCAGUGGCAGGCAGUGUGAGGGGCAAGUGCGACUGACGGCCACUCUGCUCGAGCGGCGUGUGUGUGCGCCUUGGAGUGUCAGUUGCAAGCAUGGUGGGAUCGGUACGGAUGGAGCAAGUGUGAUUGAAGCUGAUGGAGUAGGGAAGAAUGGGGAGCGUGAUGAAGAGUGGGGGGGUUAGCUCGUCUUGCUAGAGAUACAAGAGUGGGGUGGGGGGUCGGGGAGAGCGCCUCCUUGGGACAAGUGCUCUCUAUAUGUGAUGAUGGGUCACCCAUUCUAGCCAGCAAAUUGCUUUGAGACAUCGGUACAAUACAAGCCAGGACUGGCAGCGCUGCUGCGAAUCUGCUGCAUACCAUAACGACUUUUGAGGCGC